UUUUACAGGUGAGGAGCACUGAGCCCCAAAGAGAAACUUGUCUGACAUGCAGUCAGUCCCAGUGGGUUUUUCAGGCUGGGUAGGAGAGUGGGCCUCUAAUCGGCCCUCCCAGGACCCCUGUGACAUUCGGGGAGUGACAGGCCCAACUGAAGGAGCCCCACCUCUUACCGGAGAAAUAAGAUUCAGUGAAAUGGAGCUAGACCCUGGAAGGUGUCGAAGACACCAGGCAGCCUGUGCUCCCCAUGAGCCUGAGUGUGUCUGGGCUGGGCUUCAGGGCCUGCCUGAACAUGGAAGAAGAGGGCCUUGGGGUGGAAGAGCUGGAGUUGGCCAAGGAGAGCUCGACCCUGGCCUUGGAAGAAUGGGCAGGCUUUGGAGAAGGGGAGAAGAGGUGUCCCCAGUUGGGUAUGAACCAGAGGACGGGGACAGCCAAGAGACUAACCCGCAGGCUGGGGAGGCCCCCCAGUAGAGGAGAAGGGUGCUGUGGGGUGACCUCAAAGGGUGUGGGAUCAACCAGUGGAAGGGCCCAAAGAUCAAAGAACCUGCUAAAUCCCACUUGGCAACAUCCCCUGGCUCCCUUCUCCCUCAGGAUGAUUGCUGGUCCCAGCCUUAACUGUUACUGCCUCCUCUUUCUCUUCUUUUUGGGGGAUGCAGGGGUUGAGGGCUCUCAGAAGGCUGCCCCAGAACAAAUACAUUUGUCCUACCCAGGUGAAGCUGGUUGCAUGACGGUGACCUGGACCACUUGGGUACCAGCUGCCUCUGAGGUCCAGUUUGGGCUGCAGUUAGGGGGGGUUCUACCCCUGCGGGCCCAAGGCACCUCCAGUCCCUUCGUGGAUGGUGGCUUCCUGAGGCGGAAGCUGUACAUGCACCGAGUUACCCUCCGAGGAUUGCUGCCUGGUGUCCACUAUGUGUACCGCUGUGGCAGUGCCCAAGGCUGGAGCCGGAGGUUUCGCUUCCGGGCUCUCCAGUCUGGGCCCAACUGGAGCCCCCGCCUGGCUGUCUUUGGGGACAUGGGGGCUGACAACCCACAGGCUCUGCCCCGACUCCGAAGGGAGACCCAGCAGGGGAUGUAUGACGUGGUGCUACACGUGGGAGACUUUGCUUAUAACAUGGACCAGGACAACGCAAGGGUGGGCGACACAUUUAUGAGGCUGAUCGAGCCGGUGGCUGCCUCCGUCCCCUACAUGACAUGCCCUGGGAACCAUGAGGAGCGCUACAACUUCUCCAAUUACAGAGCGCGUUUCAGCAUGCCUGGGGACACGGAAGGGCUGUGGUACAGCUGGGACCUGGGGCCUGCCCACAUCAUCUCCUUCUCCACUGAAGUCUAUUUCUACCUCCACUAUGGGCGCCACCUGAUUCAGAAACAAUUCCGCUGGCUAGAGAGGGAUCUGCAGAAAGCCAACAACAACCGGGCAUUGAGACCAUGGAUUAUAACGAUGGGGCAUCGUCCCAUGUACUGCUCCAAUGCCGACCUGGAUGACUGCACACAGCACGAGAGCAAAAUCAGAAAAGGCCUUUCCGGCAGUCGCUAUGGCCUGGAGGAUCUCUUCUACAAAUAUGGAGUUGAUCUGCAGCUGUGGGCCCAUGAGCACUCCUAUGAGCGCCUUUGGCCUAUCUAUGACUACCAGGUCUAUAAUGGAAGCCGAGAAAGUCCCUAUACCAACCCGCGUGGACCCAUCCAUAUCAUCACUGGAUCUGCUGGCUGUGAGGAACUGCUGACCCCUUUUGCCCCUUUUCCGAGGCCUUGGAGUGCCAUCAGAGUGAAAGAAUAUGGCUUCACCCGGCUCCACAUUCUUAAUAGUACCCACCUUCACGUGCAGCAGGUGUCCGACGACCAGGAUGGGAAGAUUGUGGAUGAUGUCUGGCUGGUCAGACCCAGGCAAGGCCGUAGGACCUACCUCUAGGAGCCCCAAAGCCCAAAGUGCAGUCCCAGGCUCGAGGGGUGGGCAAGGCCUGACCUCCAGGGAGGAGGCCAGAAUGCUCUUCUGCAUCUAGGGACCUGGGGUCCUAGGCUCCUGGGCACAGGAGGCCAGCCCUGGGGUGAGUAGGCAAGGGAGCUAAGAUGUUUACAGAGAGGGAUGGAGAGUCCACAUGGAGCCAAUGUUGAGCUGGGGGCUUCUCUGCCCACCGUUCCCCCAAACACUGUUUUCUGCCACAUGGUCAUGGAUUUCAGGAUCUCCAAAGGAUCAGGCAGCUGGGACCUCCGCUUGUCCUGGGACUCUGGGCACAGCCCUCACCUGCCGGGGGAUGUUUCGUGGUUCUUAUUGCCCCAGGAUGAACCUCACAUUCAGGGACCUCCAGUUUCCAGCCUCCCUCAACCAUUCGAUUUUGCUCACCUGAUUCAAGCCUCACCUCCCCAGGCUCCUCUCCAUUCCAGCCUCCAUUCUUCUACCUCUAUGAUGCACCAUUAUGGACGCUGGGAAUGCCCUCCCCACCAGCUGCCACUGUGGAAGCUGUAGUCGCUCUUUAUGGUUCAGCUCAGAUGAUGCCUGCCUCCUCUGCCAGGGGGCCCUCCUUGACCCUCUCCCCUCCCCCACCAGAAGCAUCAUCUUCCUCCUCUGAACCCUGACAACAUUGCGUACCCUUCAUUUUUUGUGGGGAGAAGGGAGGCUUUUAUUUCCUUUGUACUGGUUAUCUCUGGUGAGGAAACUACCCCAAAUCAACCAGAUCAUCAGCUGAUGCUUGAAUACUUCCCGGGAGGCUGGCGGACUUGCCAGGCGGCUCAGACAGAUGACCAGCCCACAGUCACAGAGCCAGGACUCAUCUAAGGGGAGACUCGAACCUGAGACUUUCUGACUUUGAACCUACUCUCAACCAAGGAGAGAGCUGGCUUCUGACCAAUACAACAGCUGGCUUUUACGUCAUCCAUCCUGGGUGGGAGCCCCCUGAGGGCAGGGCCUGUCAGUAAGGGUCUCUUUGCCCCAGCAUAGGGCGCUGCACUGAGCAGGUGACCAGAAGGCACACCGGCAGGAAGCUGGUGAGUGCCCCGUUAUUCUCUAGCUGGAAGGGAGCUCUCCACCCUUCCUUCACCCUCAGCUGAGGCUGUGACAGCAGACCAAGUUCAGCCAUGAUGCUCCCAGAGGGAGGUCAUUAAAGCUCUCAAGCUACCUCUCCGCAAUGAUCACACUCCAGGAGGGCUUCUGGCCCCAGAGCCCCUCCUUCUCAGACCUACCAGAUAUCUGAGGCACCCCCAUGCUAUCAGUCAGUGCUGUUGGUGAAGGCUUAGCACAGCAGAACCGUGGAAGAGUCCCUGGCUAGGGGCUAACCGAUGACCCUUCUGUGUCACCUUCAUCCUUCCCCUGGGCCUCAGUUUCCCCACCUGUAUAAUGAGAGGGAAUCAAGUAAUAUUUCUGCAGUUUCUUCUAGCUGCAAAGCUCCCUCUCCUCCAGAAAGGCCUCUUGGCCCUAGUGUCCUUUUUCUCAUCCUCGUCUCCCAGCCUCCUCGAACGACUUCCCCUCAAUUUCUCCAUCUGUGCAGUGAGGCCUGUGUGCUGGAUACUCUUUGAGAUUCCUUCUGGCUCUGAUUAGGACCAAAGACCUGCAGCUGGUAGGAAACAGCUCUUCAGAGGUCCUCUAGUCCAGGCCCCUCAUUUUACAGUUGAGGAAACUGAGGCUCAGGUGAUAUAGGCAGUAGGUGGGAUUCGAACCUAGGGCCUCCCAUUCUAGAGCCAGUGACCUUUUUAUUAUGCUGAGCUGCUUCCCUCCCCCGAGUCUCCUUCCCCGAGCCUCAGUUUCCCCACAUCUAUAAACAGGAAUAAUCCAUCCUUGCCCUGCUUCCCAGAGCUUCUGGGAGGAAACUGAUUCUUUCAAUCAUGAAUCACACUCAGGAAUGCGUGCUGUCGUGACCAGUGUCAUUCAAGGAGCUUAUGUGUUUGUUCAGAGCCUGACACAUGGGAAGGGCUUAAUGUUUGCUGAAUUAAUGAACAAAUGAGCGGCCCAAAGGAGAGGCCCAGAAGAGGGGCCUGUGGGCAUGUAUGGGGAGGUGCCUCUCUUUCCAAGUUCACUCAAUCAGCAGGUAAUCAAUCAUUGCCAUGUGCCAGCCAUUAGGAAGGCUUCCCAGAGGAAGCAUGUGAGCUAUGUGUUAAGUAUCAUUUGAUCAUGCAUCUUAACUGGUAAAGGCCUUCCGAACUCGAGUCGACCUUUUAUGUGAUAUUUAUUUAUUUAUAAAUGAUAUAGCUUCUCUUAGGCUAGGGUCUCCCUCUACGUAUGGGUUGGAAUAAAUGGCCACCGACGGCCCUUCCAACUCUGAAAUUCUGUGAACCAUAAUAUAUUAUGUACAUUAUGAAA